CCAGCUAGAGAUUACUACUGUGGGAAGGAGUGGUCCUAUCUGGAGGUCCGGCGCCUUGCCGUCCUCACCCUGGACGAACAGAAGCAGUUCGAGAUCAAGAUCUCCGACAACUACCUGCGCAAGGGGAUGGGCAUCCAGGAGUGCCCCAAGUGUCACUCCUUGUGCGAGCGCAUCGACAAGAAAGACAAGCUUGUGGUGUGUCCGCUGUGUUCGGGUAGGGAGAAGAAGGAGUUUCACUUCUGCUGGUACUGUCUGCACGAGUGGAUUGGGAGAGACACCGACAAGUGCGGCAAUGAAGACUGCAACGGUGAAGACAAGCGUCUUAAGAUCCUCCGUGACUGCACAAAGAAGACCAUCGUGGGCGUGGUUGGCUGUCCUUCUGUUAGGGCCUGCCUGACGUGUGGCAUGCUCAUCGAACAUGACAGGGCCUGCAAGCAUAUGGUCUGUAGAUGUGGCCAGAAGUUCUGCUUCAUCUGCCUCAAACCAGCAGUGGAUGGGCGCUACCAGUGUGGCACGUACAACAGCCCAUGUGAGAUCACCGCCGUGCAGACAACCAUCCCUGGGGACAACUGAGAGGGGCCAAAGAGA